AUGUCUCUAGGUCAUAGUUUAUUGGACAUUCCCAAGCUCUCUGGUGAAAAUUAUAGAAGUUGGAAUGAGGAUUUGGAGGUCUAUCUUCGCCUUAGGGACCUAGAUCUUUGUCUGAGAGAGCCCAAGCUUGCAGAUCUCACCCUAGCCAGUACUCAGGCUGAGAAGACUGAACAUGAGAAGUGGGAAACUGCAAAUAGGAAAUGCAUAAAGGUUAUAAAACAUGCUAUCCCAGAGACAAUGAAAGAUAGCAUCACCAUGAAGGCAACUGCAACUGAGUACUUGGAGGCCAUUAGAGUAAAAUUUGAAUCUUCCAAGAAGGCUCAGUCAGGUGACUUGAUGAGCAAGCUGACCACUGCCAAAUUUGAUGGAAAUGGCAGUACCAAGGAACAUCUUUUGGGACUUGUUGCCUUAGGAAACAAGAUUAGGGAGCUGGAAAUAAACUUUGAUGACGACUUCCUAGAGACCAUUGCACUCAAUUCACUCCCAGGGCAGUAUAAGCACCUUCAUGGCACCUACAAUGCCUUAAAGGAUUAA